AUGAAUGUCGAGACUAGUGCUGGUAAUUCUUCGCGGUCGAAGGGUGCAAAGUUUCCAACACUACCCUUGAAUGACCGCGACAACAAGUAUCAAAGCUCACUUCGCAUAAGCACUCCGAAUACAUUUGCCGCUUCCAAAGGCAGGCUGCUUGAUCAAUCAACAGCUAUGGAUGAUGCAGAGAUUAUGGAGAAAAAGACUCUAAAUAGAAAAAACUUCAAGCACUUGUCACUAUCGUCUCCAAAACCGCAGCCUGAUUAUGAUGACGACCUGCAUUUAAUACGAGAGCCCACAUCAUUGAAAAGACGACAAAGACCAGCACCCAUUCUCAACCUACCGAAUGCUUCACUGCUGUCACAGCCAUCGCGACCUGUUAUGGCACAACUGGCGACAGCCCCAUCAAUAACAACUGAUUCUACGCAGCCAUCAUCAUCGCAAAAUGUUAUUGUGACGCAAACUCUUAGUCGGCCAAGUAGUGCUGGACAUACCAAUUAUGAUUUCAAGGAGAGCAAUAGGAACGUCGACCCUGAGUCUGUAGCAUCUACCGAAAUGCUUUUUAAUCAAAUGUCACAUCUUGAAUUAGAUCGACCUGGAGUCUCGCAGCGAAGCAAAUCCACACCCAAUGACGCUUCUUCACGCAAACGUCAAACUGUUAUAUCUUCCAUUUCCCCUACAAAAAUGUCUAGCCAACAGGUGGAGUCGAAAGUCAAACUAGUUGAUACCUUGAACGAAACCCAAUCACCUAUUGCAACGACUAGUAAACUCAAACUACGCAACAGAGACUUGCUAACUUUGAAGCAAUUGGGUCUGGGAAAUUCAGGCUCAGUCUCCAAAGUGUUGCAUAUUCCAACACAAAAGACCAUGGCGAAGAAGAUUAUUCAUGUUGAUCUGAAAAGUGUUAUCCAAACGCAAAUCAUUCGAGAGCUACGAAUACUACAUGAAUGUCAAUCUCCUUACAUUAUCGAAUUCUAUGGCGCAUUUUUAAACAGCAACAACACCAUAGUGAUUUGUAUGGAGUAUUGCAAUUGUGGCUCUUUGGAUAAAAUUUUGCCAUUGUGUGACAAUCGACAGUUCCCUCUUCAUGUGUUGAGAAAGCUUUCGUUUGCCAUAUUGUCUGGAUUGUCGUAUCUUUACAAUAAACACAGAAUCAUUCAUCGUGAUGUAAAGCCAAACAAUGUUUUAAUGACACAUCGAGGGGAGUUUAAAUUGUGCGAUUUUGGAGUCUCUCGAGAACUCACCAAUUCGUUGGCGAUGGCAGAUACUUUUGUGGGAACUUCAAUGUACAUGUCCCCCGAAAGAAUACAAGGAUUGAACUAUGGUGUCAAGUCAGAUGUGUGGUCAAUGGGUUUAAUGUUGAUUGAAUUGGCCAGCGGUGUUUCUGUUUGGACCGAUGACCAUGACGAUGACGAUGAUGAAUAUGGAAGUAGUGCUUACAAUAGCUUGAAAAGUGAUACCAGCAACAACUCAUUUAGAGGACCUGAAGGCAUUUUGGAUCUUUUGCAACGCAUAGUCAAUGAAAAACCGCCAAGUUUGACAAACAAAGUCAACCCUGUAACCAAGUCAAGAUACGAUCCGUCACUUUGUCAGUUUAUUGAUUCGUGCUUGAUCAAGAAUGACACUGAGAGGAAAACUCCAUGGCAGUUGUUGGAGGACAAGCAAGGCUUUUUACAAGGCGUUGCUGAAGGUGUUUUUGAUCAGGACCAUAAGGCUUGGGCUAAGCAAAUAAGGAAGCGCAACAAGGAAGCUAAUGAUGUCGACAAGUAA